CUUAAGGCCAACCUGGAUUUUCGGCGCUGUAUUUUCUGGGAACGUAUCAGCCGUGAAGCCAAUCGUACAGCCAGUACGGCGUGGGUUAACAGUGGUUUUUUCUAGCCGUUGGCAAAGAAGCGAAAGGAAGAAAAGGCAGGCAGCGUCUCCGCUCUCUUCUGCGCAAGCGCAGCCCCGAGACGGUCGGCAGGAAAAAGCCCUCCAAACUUCAGAAGAAGAAGAAGAGCGCCUGGGAGGACCAAUGAGAGAGCGCGCGCGCUCGGGGGACCGUUCCUUUUCCCGAUUGGUGGGGGGGCGGGCGCGACGUCACGCGGCGAGGCGGCGCGCGCCCUUCCAUUGGGCGGCGAGGUUUGAAAGCAAGUAUUGCCGCGCGGCUCGGAUUGGCCGAGGAGGCGAGCCCGCCUGCCGGAGGCGUUCAUUCGCUCCUUCGCUCGCGCUCUCCUUGUGUUUGUGUGAGAAGGAGGGAGGAAAGGAAAAAAAAAAAAAAAACAGGUUCGGGCCCCGCGGCUGACACAAGGAAGAGGCGCGGCCUAUUCGACGCCGGGAAAGCGGCCGCUGUCGGCGAGGCUCGAAGAAGAAGAAGAAGAAGAAGAAGCGCGGUUUGUCUGCCUUUGGAUUUCCUCUCGGGCGGGCGGGCUGGCGGCCGGCCGGCCGUGGCUCCCUUUAGGCCGAGAGGAAGGCGGAUGGCGGCAACAUCCGGGGCUUCUGGGGCGACGGCGGGCGCGGGAUCCGGCGCGGCCCCGGCUCUCUACGCCUGCACCAAGUGCAACCAGCGCUACCCUUUCGAGGAGCUCUCCCAGGGACAGCAGCUCUGCAAGGAAUGUCGUAUUGCGCACCCCAUUGUAAAAUGUACUUACUGCCGAUCAGAGUUUCAGCAAGAGAGCAAAACUAAUACAAUAUGCAAGAAGUGUGCCCAAAAUGUGAAACAAUUUGGAACGCCAAAACCUUGUCAGUAUUGCAACAUCAUUGCUGCUUUUAUUGGUACAAAAUGUCAGCGCUGUACAAACUCUGAAAAAAAAUAUGGACCACCUCAGACAUGUGAACAGUGCAAGCAGCAAUGUGCUUUUGACCGCAAAGAAGAAGGAAGAAGAAAGGUUGAUGGGAAGCUGUUGUGUUGGCUUUGUACUCUGUCCUACAAGCGAGUGCUGCAGAAGACCAAGGAACAGAGGAAGAGCUUAGGGCCCUCCCAUUCUAACUCUUCUACGUCUAUUACCGAAAAAGACCAGCAUCAUUUGAAACACCACCAUCACCACCACCACCGUCACCCCCACCACCAUCGCCACCAUCAUCACAGCGGCGCCCAUCACAAAAUCGGCAGUCUGAGCCCAGAAGAUGAUCAGGGGUUGUGGAAGCAGAGCCAUAAAUCCUCUUCAGCUAUUCAGAAUGAAACUCCAAAGAAAAAGCCCAAAAUGGAAACCAAGCCAUCUAACGGAGACAGUAGCUCUAUAAAUCAGUCAGCAGACAGCGGCGGCACCGACAACUUUGUUCUAAUAAGUCAAUUGAAAGAAGAAGUGAUGUCACUGAAACGUCUCUUGCAACAAAGAGAUCAGACUAUACUGGAGAAGGAUAAAAAGCUGACUGAGCUGAAGGCGGACUUUCAAUACCAAGAGUCAAAUCUAAGAACUAAGAUGAACAGUAUGGAAAGAGCUCAUAAGGAAACUGUAGAACAAUUACAGGCGAAGAACCGAGAGCUUCUCAAACAAGUUGCAGCAUUGUCAAAGGGCAAGAAGUUUGACAAAAGCGGGAAUAUGCUGACAUCACCAUAAGAAGAUGGUGGCAGUUUGCGUAGCUAUUAAUCUCGGAAACAUAAAUCAACUCCGGGGAAAACUGCAUAGAAACAAACCUUUUGGCGUGCAGAGUUGGUGGCAUAGUUCCUAUAUACCUUUUUCUAACUGAAUAAUGUUACGGAGGUUUGUUUUUGCUUUCCUUCCUCCCUCCCCCCCCCCACUCGCAAAUUAAGAUUAUUAAAGUACUUCAACAGGUUUGAAGAAGGCACGCAUAUCUAUAUAAUGUAUACGUGCAGCCAUACAAAAGGAGGCAGCUGGCCAGUCCCUGGUGAUCAGUAAGCGUGCUGUCCCUGGUCAUCGCAUCAUGCAAUAACAUACACACACACACACACACACACACACACACACACACACACACACAUUAAAGGCAGCCCUUCAAGAGGGCAGCUCCCCAAAGUGCUCCUGUUGUGCAGACUGAUUGCAUUCGGUUGGACUUUAGCAGGUUAUCCGGACAAGAGCAGAAACUUGUCUAGGCGCUGGACGAAGGCAUCCAAGGACAACUUUCAAUCUGAUCUACAUUCCAGCAGCAGCAGCUAAUUUGAAAACUGAGCAAGAGCACUGGAGACUUUUGACCAACCCUUCUUGGUCUUUCAGUCCAAAUAAGAGUGCAUUGAGUUUUAAAAUCAUGGUGCUUUUAUUACAAGAAGCUUAAACCUUAUAAAUAAAUGUACAAGAUUUUAACACUUCUAUUCUUAGUAAUAACUGGGUGUUUUGCAUUUCCUGUUAUAGAAAAUGAAAGAGAUUCUCUAUUGUAAGUACCGGAACAAAAUGUUGUUUUUUCUUUUCCCUUUUUCUGAAAAUACGCUGUAGACUUCCUCCUGCAAGUGCCUUUUCUCCCAACGGUUUAUUUAUAGGAAUGUUGGUAUUUGUAUAUACUUUUCUUUUUCUUUUAACCAUGUUUCAGCGUCCCCCUGUAUGUAUAUAUUUAUAAGUGUAUAUACAGAAGGAUCAAAUGCUAAGAUCAAAUGGUUAGAAUGAUAGGGAAGGUGCUAAGUCCUAGCAGGCAAUGAAUUGGGGCUUGUAGAUACUGUAGCAGAUGUGUCUGGGUAGACAGUAUCUGUCUUAACUCUUGCUGUGCCCUAACUUAAUGGAGGGAGGGGCUUUUAAACUGUAGGACUUCUAUGAAUAGAUGAAUUGUUUUAUCUCAGUGCUGAUUUGCAUUGUAAUUCUCAGUGAUCUGUUCUCAAUUGAAUGAGGUGGGGGGGGGCAAUAUUUGAGCUAAUGUUAACUCUCCAGGUGUUUCUUUUUAACAACAUUGUAUUGAAAUUUAAUGCAGUUUCUGAACAGUUCUGGAAACAUGGCUCGUUAUUUCUACAUAGUGAGGAGUUCUGUGGCCAAUAAUUGGGAGCCGAAAGAAAUGAACCCUGAAGAAACCUGAAUGCCUAACACUGAGAUUUAAAAAAAAAAAAAAAAAGAACAACCAGCUCUGUAGUCAUAGAACAGGGGUCUCCAAACUUGGCAACUUUAAGACUUGGCAACUUUAAGCUUUGCUGGCUGAGGAAUCCUGGGAGUUGAAGUCCACAAGUCUUGAAAGUUGCCAAGUUUGGUGACCCCUGUCAUAGAACCAUACUGGCCCCAUAACCAUGGCCCAGUCUUUGCAGUCACGGGACAGUAAUGCAGGCUGAAGCACCGUUUGCACUAGAGGGCUAAGGUGAGACUGAACUGCAACAUUUCUUUUUCCAGCUAUUAAUUAUAAUCAGAGAUGCCAUAAAUCUCCCCAGCAGCAUUUUUGGGGGAGAGCCUGGGAUUCUGUGGAGGUAGAUCAGUAACCAUAGAGACCACCAUUACUUAACGUCAGUUGUAUACAUAUCCGUAAGGAGUUUGUUGAGUGUGUCCUGCGGGCGCUCUCAAUUUCUUCAGGGCAAAGACCCCCUUAGCAUUGCACAAGUUAGUGCAAUGCACCUGGAAUGUGUCUCCAAAUUUUGUAUAAUGCACAGAAGUUUCUAGCACAGUGUCCUUCAGACUUGGCGACUUUGAGAGACGUAGACCAGCAUGCUGUCUGGGAAAUUCCCUGGGCUUUGAAGCCUACACAUCUUAAAAGUCGCCAGAUUUGAAAAAAAGAUUGCUCCAGCAGAUAAGCAAGAAGUGACUCUUGAAAUAAGUAAGUUGGAAAUCAUGAUUUGGAUACGUAAAGCUUAAAAACAGAAACCAAUACUUCAAUAUUUUUAGGAGAAUGAAGUAAGGCAGGGACCCCUCCCCCCCCCAACUUUUUGGGUGCCAGGAACCGGUACUGUGGAGGGCAAUUUUUCCCUCAGACUGGGGGGUGGGGGGCGGGAGGGGGCUGGAUUCUGUCUGCGCGCAGAUGGGGCUUCGCUCCUUUCCGCGCUCCGAUUCUUGGCGGGCUAUGAACCGGUACAGGUCCGCAGACCAGGGGGUUUGAGAACCCUGGAUCUAAGUCAUUAAAAGUUCAUCGCCAUUCCAGAAAAUAGUUUCAUUAACCUAAAAUUUAUUAAUCUAAACCUGUUUCUAUUAAAUGGAAAAAAUCCAGUUGAUAAAGGGGUGCUCAAUUUAUUAUCACAGGAAUUGCACUUCAGCUAGCCUUCGUGUUUUGGGGCCUCCAGCUACCGGUUUUGGGAGGGUUUGUUCCCAAGAGACUACUGAAUAAUUGUAAUUUGAACAAAAGGAAGAAAAAAAAAGCUGCUUUCUACAAUAUUGAGAAUUUUUUUAUUUUUUGUAUACUAAAGAUGAACUUUGUAAAUUUAUAAAUACUAUUUGCGGAGAUUACAUGAUUAUAUAGAUAGGGUAGAAUAUUCUUUUGCUAUCCUGUUGAACUGCUUUAUCAUUCAGACUUUUUUUUUAAAUUGCUGACUUCCAUUUCAGAGUAUUUUGAUACUUUUUCUGAUUGAAUGACUGCCUGUCAUUGGUGGACUUGUUUAAAAAGAAACUGGUCAAAACUUUUCACAAGAAACGUAAUGACUUUCUGAUCAAGGCAUUGUCACUGAAACCUGUUUAUGCUGCAAUAGGAACAUUAUAUAUAGAGGAAGAAAACCAACAGUCUGGUUUUUAAAUACCAGAGCUGUGGAAUAUCCCAUUUCAAAACAUUUACAAGAGUUUUACUAUGUCUAAAGAGAAAAUAUUUAUUUUUAAUUGUAGUGUUUCAAAGGCUGAAGAUUGGGGUGGCUUGAUGUUAUGUAGACUCAAGAUGACACACUAUGAUUUUUGCAUUUAAAUCAAUUCUUUUUUAAAUAAUUGGCAUCAAGCAAGAAAAAAAAAACCCUUGAGCUUGAAUUAUUUAUAUACAUUUAGCCUGUAAAUAAUUGCAUUUUUUUUUUUUUUUAGUUAGAAUGUCUAUCUCCAUUUUGAGGUGAAGCUUUUCAUCUUACUUACAUUUGUAUAUUGUGUUGAAAUUCUGUACUGGCACACAUUUGACAUUUUUGUACUUUUUCUAAAUCCAAUAUUUCACAAUAAAAGCUUCUUAAAACAGCAGUAUGCUUGUCUAUCAGUAACUGCCUAUUGGGUUCCAGGAUUGGGCAAAGGGAUAAUUAAAAUCUGCGGGUUUGACCAGCCUUUCCCAAAGUGAUGCCUCUAUAAAUCUUAUCCUUUCUAGCCAGCAUCUUUACUGUUCUAUAGUUUGUGUGUUUUACAGAUUGCCUGUAAUGAAUAAACAUUUAAAAUAAUAAAUGAGAUUUGAAGUUAUGA